AUGGGGUAUGUGUUCAUUGCCUUUCGAUCUGCUGCCGACCGCGACGCUGCCAUUGAGUUCUUUGACGGGCGCGAGAUCUGCGAGGGGUUUAUUGGGAAGGCCAAGAAAGCCGUCUAUAGGAAAAGCAAAGGCAAAGCAAAUAAGAAAGAACCGACGAGAAAAGACGACGGUGAGAAAAUAGAGAGUACGAAUACAGAGGUGAAUACAUGGUAUGGGUUACCACAGAUGUCACUGUGGGGUGCGUGGGAGGGUGUGAGUAGGUGGUGGUGGGGUGAUUGGAAAGGAGAAAAUGGCACUUCUCGGAGUUUACAAACCGGUGGAAAUGGAAAUGGGAAUGGGACAAACAUCUGUAGAAAUGGGGCUGGAUGUGGGCUUAUGAAGGGAAAUACUGAGCCAAACACGUGCGAGUGUGAGCAGGACAGGGCGCAGCAUGAGAAUUUGAGGAAGCAACACCGCGAAAAGGGCCGCAGAGACGCACAAGAUGCGCUGACCGACAGUAUUAGUGACCAGGAUGACGAAAAUAAGUUCGGAACGAGAAGCGGUAGCACCGAUGCUAAUGCGAAGGGGGUUAGCGGGAGUGGGAACAGUACUACGGAUAUACUGGGCAGCGAUCCACCGUUACUGUCGCAGUUGAGGCCUCUGGAUGAUUUGCAGUUGAUCGAGCGUAUCCGAGUGCUGGGACUGGGUGCUCCAGAGCGGUAUGCGACGACGCGAAUGCUUAUGGAACAGUUGGCCGAGUAUUAUACCGAACAUCCGCGCACUGAGGUGCACGUACAAGGGAAAAGUGUUCCCGCACACUUAUUACAAGGAUGUCUCACUUCGUUGGAUAGCAUGGCCUGGCCGCCGAAGCGCGAGAGGCGCAAGGUGAAGGCAGACCACUACGUGGUGAUCAACAUGACCAAGCACUACAAGGACGAGUACACACCCCGAGUGCGGGAAGCGUGCAAAGCGUUAAUGGAUGAGAUGGCACCGGAGUAUGCCUUUACGCAUAUAGCAGUAACGAAAAACUUUGUUGGGUCACCGCAUAAGGAUGUGUUAGAUACAAGCUUCCAGUUCGCUAUCAGUCUGGGCUCGUUUACAGAUGGAGGGCAAUUGUGUGUUGAGAACACAGCGGGCAAGUGUGAAGGAGGUACCGAACUGUUCGUGGUAGAUACGCAUAACAAGCUCGCGAAGUGUGAUGGACGGUUUAUUCACUGGGUGCGAAGCUAUGGCGGGGGCGAUCGGUAUUCGCUCAUAUUCUUCACUAAUAGUGUGCAGAUGAGCACGCCCAAGACCUGCGCUGUAUUCCCCAAUGAAAGUUAAUCAUAUAAAAUGCCAAGGUUUGCAACAA